GCGGCCUAGCACUGCUGGCAGAAUCUCCGGAGUUGGUCGGGGCGGAGCCUUAUGUGUUGUCCAACUGCAGAAGCCUGGAAAUUGCUCGAAAGUUCCUGAUGAUGACCGAGCGCUACAAAAGGUACGCUUCCCGCCAUGGUCAGGAUGCAGCAGGCAACCCAUCUGGUGGAAACCUGUACCGCGGCCUCUACAACAUUGUGAUAAAGAGCUUGGGCGCUUCCCGCAAGAAGCCCCCUGACGUGGUUUUGGACGAGUGCAUCGAGUACAGUGAGCGCGUGGCACACAGAUCAGGGUACUUCUUCAUGGACUCUCCCGGAAACGACCUGGAGUCUAUCGCCGGGCAGGUUGCCAGCGGUUGCAACGUGAUCUUCUUUGUCACAGGCAACGGAGCCAUCACCAACUUUCCCUUCGUGCCGACGUUGAAGGUUGUCACGACAAGCGGCCGAUUCAACAUCCUCCAGAAGGAGACCCUCAACCCUAAACCCUAA